AUGCCCAAACAUCCAGAUCUUGACGAUGAGGUGGCCACGCUAAGUACGAAACUCAUCAAUGCCAUCAAUCACCAGACGGCUCUCGACGACAGCUUGGCAGCCGCGAGGCUGGAGUUGGAGAGGGCCAGGGAAAGGAUACGGCAGCUAGAAGCACAAGUGGAAGAGCAAAGAGAAAUGCUUGCGGGCGAUGUGUGGGUGAGGCGGAAAACUGUCGAAGCCGAGAAAACUAAGCUCCUAAAUCGCCUCGCUGAAGAGAAGAAAGCCCGACUUGAUAUGGAGCAGCAGAAGAAAAAAAUUGAACAGGAGCUGGAGAAUUUGACGACAGCACUCUUCGAAGAGGCCAACAAGAUGGUCAUAUCAGCAAAGGAAGAAGCCCGUGCUGAGCAAGAACUCCUUCAGCGAAAGAACGAACAGCUCCGCGCCCAGCUGGCUGAUACCGAAAGUCUUCUGAAAUCUCAGCAGGAACAGUUAGCAGAGCUCAAGCAUGUCAUGGAGCAACUGACUGCCGAGAGAGAAACGCAGUCACCGCCCACUAUUCCAUCCUCACCGUGCGCCACAACGUUUGAUACUCCGGAGGGGACAAGUCGAUCGAUUAGCUCGCGUCAUCAGAGCUUAUCGUUGCCACUCACACCAUCUUACCCGACAAGUUUCACUCAUCUUCUGCGCCCUGUCCUGCGGACCGAUCUGGCCGCAUACAAUGACUUCAAGGAGCUCCUCAGGACAUCGAAGAGGCUUUCGGCAAAUCGCCUGUCCACAGGGUCCACGUUUUCCGGACUGGCUUCUCUCAGCAUUGGCCUCGGCUCAGUCGCGUCGCACAUUGUACCGGCGAAUGCGUCAGUGACCUCGCUGGCCACGACAGGAACCUCUUCGACGACCGCACACCAAAGCGCCAGUGCACCCGCUUCAUCUGCUGGGGCUGGUGCAUCUGCUGGUGCCCCAACACUCCCACCUCUGAAAGAAACAAAGUUCUACAAGCGGGCCCUCAUUGAGGAUAUUGAGCCAACACUUCGUCUUGACAUGGCACCGGGCCUUUCUUGGCUUGCUCGCCGGAGUGUGUUAUCAGCCAUCACGGAGGGAUCGCUGGUCGUCGAACCCUCUCCUCCCACGGUCUCUGGGCGAUUUGGCAAGGUUGUCAGGCCAGAUCACUUCCCGUGCGCUCUCUGUGGCGAGUCGAGAGAAGAAGAAGAGUUCCUCCGUACCCAUCGCUUCCGGAUCAGCGAAUCGGAAUCCAGCCAAAAUGCGUAUCCUCUCUGCAGCUACUGUCUCGCUCGCGUUCGGUCAACGUGCGAGUUUCUUGGGUUCCUUCGUAUUGUCAAAGAUGGUCAUUGGCGAGCAGAUGAUGAGGAUUCCGAGAAGGCGGCGUGGGAGGAGAGCGUUCGCUUACGAGAACAGAUGUUCUGGAGUAGAAUCGGUGGCGGUGUCGUUCCGACAGGUCAUACUCGCCAUCCCUCGAGCUAUAGCACGGUCCCGAGUGUUCAAGGGGAGCGGAGUCCUAGGCCGAGCCACGAUGGACGGCGAACCGCCGAGUCUACAGCAGAGCAUGAAGCGAGUAACUCAGAAACGCAAGAGCUGUCAGACAUAACCGAUAACACAGCCAUUUCCUGCCCUCAGCAGCAGACGCCCGGGGUCCCCCAGCCAGUCUCCGCUGAGAUUUCCAAAACUGCGGUACAAGCUGCGACUGAAUGUACCGAAACCAAGCCGGAUACUUUGGUGACAAGCAAUUAA